AUGGCAUCUACUUCGGGGUCUCAGACAGAGGCCAAGCCAAUCACGAACGCCACCGUGUCGUCGGAGCAUCGCAAGAAAAAGUUGGUGCGCAAAAACUCCGGUCCAAACCCACUCAAAUAUAAGAUUUGGCUUGCGGGCCAUCUCAUGUCUCUUAUAUUUGGUGCUAUAAGUUCGGGAUUCCAACUCUUGUGGCUUCCCAAUCGGUACUACAUCAACUCCAUCAGCUACCGGUUGUCGCUUUUGGGGUCUGUGAUGGCUCUUGGUGCAACUUUUUCUCACAAAUUUGGACUUCGUUUCCUUCCUCCUCCACUGACCAUGGUUGCCCAGCAAAAUUUCCAGUAUUUGGUGUUGGCAUUCUUAUGGUGUUUUACAUUCAAAUCUGUUUUCAAACUUAUCCCCUUUUUGCUCAUAUCUAUUUUGCAAUUGGGCGCACACAAGAAAAUCGGAGCCAUUGAAAAGCAACUGGAUUUCCUUGCGUCUCUCAUUGCUUACGACGAGCUCUUGCUUAUAGUCUACCUCUUGCUUCGCACGUUGUUCUUGAGAGGAUGGUCGGGAUACCAAUUGGUGGUGUUCUUGGUGUUUUACUGGUUGCGUAUUUUGUACAACAAAGAGACAGGAAACCUUUUCCGGUCUAUUGUGGACAGACUUGAUGGAAAAGUACAGGGCAAAAACGAAAAAGUGACUCAUUACUGGGACAAAAUCAAGAUGUUUUUAGACGAGAAGCAGCAGUCGGAGAUGUGA